UGGACAAUUAUUUCACAAUUUAAAAAUAAAAAAAAAGAAAGCACCUUCUCUGUAUCUCAGUUAGUCUAUAUUAUGCUUAUCUUUUCAGCGUCCUUUGCCAACAAUAAUCUUUGCUCUUUCCCAUCUUAAUCAGACAGAAAUAUAGAGAGCAAGAGAGAAAUGGAAGAAGCAAAAUUUGAUGCUAAUUUUCUCACUGGCCAAGCAGAGAUUUGGCAACUCAUGUUUGCCUUUACAGGCUCAAUGGCACUGAAAUGUGCAGUACAACUCCGUAUUGCCGAUAUUAUAAACUCUUAUGGAAAACCCAUCACUCUGUCACAAAUAGCUUCUCAUAUUAUUGAUUCACCCAGUGCAGAAAUAUCCUACCUCGAACGCAUUAUGAGAAGGUUAGUCCACAAAAAGAUCUUCACCGCACAUCAUUCAUCAGAGGAGGGAGACACUCUCUAUGGACUGAAUGAGACCUCAAAAUGGCUAUUGUGGGACACCAAGCCAAAUCUCGUGGCCUUGAUACUUGUGGAGAACAAUCCAUGGAUGUUGGCUCCAUGGCAACACCUUAGCCAUUGUGUCAAAGAUGGAGGCCAUCCAUUCGAGAAGGCUCAUGGUUGUGAUUUAUGGAAUUUUGCAUCAAAAAAUCCUGAGUUGAACAAGUUGUUCAAUGAUGGUAUGGGAUGUAUGGUCAAGAUCUUCAUGGGGGCGGUCCUACCAGCCUAUAAAGAUGGGUUUGGUAGCAUAGGAUCAUUGGUCGAUGUGGGAGGUGGGACCGGUGGUGAUAUGUAUGAGAUUGUGAAAUCUUAUCCGCACAUCAGAGCUAUCAACUUUGAUUUGCCACAUGUCAUUGACACAGCACCAAAUUAUCCUGGGGUGUCUCACAUUGGAGGGGAUAUGUUUGUGUCAAUUCCUAAUGCUGAUGCCAUUUUCAUGAAGUCGGUACUUCAUGAUUGGAGCAACGAGUUAUGCGUAAAAAUAUUAAAAAAUUGUCGGAAAGCAAUACCGGAGAAGACCGGAAAAGUUAUCAUUGUAGAUGUUGUCUUUGAGCAAGAUAACAAAGACGCAUUUGAAGAAACACGAAUAAUAAUGGAUUUGGUAAUGUUGGCACAUACCACAGGUGGAAAAGAGCGCACUGAAAUUGAGUGGAAAAGAAUAUUGGAGGAAGCAGGAUUUCCUCGUUACAAAAUCAUCAGGAUUCCAGCCAUACCAUCCAUCAUCGAGGCCUAUCCUAUUUAAUUAUUUGAUGCAAAAAUUAUUCUUGUUGUUCUGGAAAACUGUUUUGUGUGCGGUUCUUUUGUUUGUGUGAUAUUAGAACCAUAUAAUUAUCUCAUUUCCAUUGGCAUGAUUGUCCAACAAUAGCAUGUAUUGCUCUUCAUCAAAAAAAUGAAAUAAAAUAAAAUAAAACGUAGAAUGUAUUGCUUGGAAAAGAAGCGAAAA